AUGAAGUACAUGCACGCUCUCUGCGCUCACGUUGAGCGCAAGAUCGCCAGUCAGCUCCCCGACCAGUUUGCUCUUGUCCAUGACGGGUGGUCCCACGGGUCAACGCACUACCUUGCCAUUUUUGCAACAUUUCCAUCGAGCGAUCCGAUUGGCUACACGCGGACCCACCGCUUUAACCUGUUCAUGUCAGACGUGCUGGCAGACCACGCCGAUGUUAUCGACAAGGUCAAUCAGUUGAUGACGAAGCUACGGUUCACGCUACCGGCGGCCCGUCUACGCCGUCUAACUCCCUUGGUGGCCAAGACUAACAACAAUCGCGAGGUCACCGCAUUACUCACAAAGCUCGAAGACCUGAACGCGAUUACAUUGGCGCUGCAAUCCGAAGAUUGCUCCUUGCUUGACGCUCGACAAAUCUUCGAUACCGUAAUCGAAGAUUAUCCGGAUGCCGCCGCACGAUUGGGCCGAAGCGCGGCCAUUGUGAAGAAUCCAGCGUUUGAAGACGGCGUUGUCAAGGUUCUGCUGGAAAGCGAAGCGUCGUUGACCAACGUUGAAGCUGAAGCCAUCAAGGCGUUACGGGAUUCUCAAGCAAGCCAAGGCAGCGAAGAAGGUGUUGCUGUGCCGGCGUUGUCUUUGGCGGAGCGUGCGCUGAAGAAGAAGAAGGUCAUGCGAGCCCCAAGCGUUUACAAGGAUUGCCGCUUCCUGCGCCCCACAUCCAACAUGUGCGAGCGCUUUUUCUCGGCUACGAAGUUGGCGGUUGGGGAUCGCCGCUGCAGUAUAACACCGAAGAACUUUGAAGAGUAA